CACGAAAUUCGUAUUUGUGACCGGCGACGCUGACAAAGUAGUGCUUACAAAGAUCAAGUAAGAUGAUGGAUGCAUUGUCAGUAGUGACCCAGCUGCGCGACCUGGCCUCUGAGCCUCAGACCCGGGAGGCUAUAGUUCAGGACCAGGGUUGCCUUCCUGGCCUUGUGCUGUUCCUUGACCACAAAGACCCUCGGGUUCUUUUUGCCACUCUGCAGACUCUGAGAUACCUUGCAGAAUUGCCUCAAAAUGUUAACACCAUGAAGAAUGAACUUGGCAUGAUGGUGAGCCUGGAGGCACUGAUGGAGAAGAGUGGACCGAAUGGUGAUAUUAUAGAGCUCACACAAGAUGUACACAGAGUGUUGAGUGCUCCUGAGAGCACAGACACUUUUAGUACUCCAGAGCCACAGAGGAGGAGGAAUAAACCUCAGUUUUUCAUCAACAGUACCAACAAAAAGGCUAAAACAGUCACUCUGCACAUACAGGGCUUGGAUGGCACAGACCAGCGAGGUGUCUGUGAGGAGGCUCUCCUGAAGGUUAAAGGAGUGAUCAGUUUCACUUUCCAGCUGGCCCUGAAAAGGUGUACUGUGCGGGUGCGUGCCGACCUGCCCACUGAGAGCUUGGCCUCAGCCAUCGCUGCAACUAAAGUGCUUGUAGCCCAGCAAGUGGUGAAGAGUGAGACUGGUGAGGAGGUUCUCAUCCCUCUCAGCACAGCAGACACACAGGUAGAGGAGAACACCCACUUGCCAGACUACCUGCCCGAAGACGAGAGUCCUGAGAAGGAGAUGGACCGUGCCAUCUCCCGCACCGGAGCCAAACAGGACGGGAGCGGCAGCUGGCUGAACGCUGCUGCUAGCUUCCUCACCAAGACAUUCUACUGGUGAGCGACCUCCCCAUACCACCACUGCACAUGAAUAUCUGUGUCAGCGGGACCACGGAGCAUCUGUACAGGCGCCUGUGAACCAGUUUAAAACUGAGGACUCCCAACUACAGUGAAGUGCAGACCUAUUCAGGUCAAAUGACUUUCGCCUACCUCUACCAAAUUUGUCAAGCGAUGCUGUAAUAUCCAGCUAAGAUGAUACUGACUGAUGGAUUUAAUGACGGUGGAAAUGCUCUCUUCCCCUUGAACAUCUCAAUUGGUAAAUUUUCUGUCCGUCGCA